AUGAGUUCAAAAAUACACUCAGUUGAUGUGAAACAAGAUGCUUUCUCAAAUGCUAUUUCUGAGAUUGAAGUUCUGAAGAGAAGAAAGAAAGAAGAAAUAGAGAAACAACAAGUUCUUGAAAUACAGGAACUUGAAAAAGCAAGCAAGAUUCUUGAAAAGCAGUGUCUGAGUGAGAUGAAUGAAGAAGUUCUGUUAAUUCUUCAUACUCAGGCUAGACAACUACAGAAGAUGAUCAAGUUCAAACUUGAAAUCUCAAACACAGUUUAA